AACGAGCAAUAAUGCUUUCUUUCUCUACAGCUAUAUUCAUAGGAACGACAGAAGAAACGACGCAGCUUUAUAUCAACAAUAAGCUACAGCAAAUAGAACAUGAGGUGUCCGAUUCUUUCCAAAGAGUUAAUCAGUCUUUAGAGUUUAUUUAUAAAUGGAAUUUUGAUGUUGCCGGUGUAAACCCUGGUCUUCUGGAAGCACAAGGCUUAACACCAAACCUAUUGGUAGUUAUUAUCAGCUUCCUCUCCUGUGUUUCUACAAGCAAGCUAUCCAACAUUCUCAAAAGUUCUUUUCCAGAAGUUUUACACGUGGCACUACAUCUACAUCCCUGCCCACGACUGUUAAGAGAUCAAGCUAUUGAAAUUCCAGACAUGAAGUCAUUUUCGAACCUUCUGUACAUGAUGCAGGACUUGCGCACAAAUAGUUUGCGUGACUGGGAAGACAUAAUUUUUCUACACGAUUCUUGUAUUGACGUAAAUACAUUAGAAUCUGUGGUGAAAAACUUUGUGCUAUCAGAAAACGGUACCCAAAUGACCGCCGUAACAACAUACGAACUGAGUGAAGAUCACUUCUCCUUAAGCCUACGAACCAUUUUCAGCGAGAUUUUGUCGUCUUACACGAAAUUCCGUUAUUUUGUUGUUGUUGGCCAAGAUUUCGCAUUACGGGCCGUUCUCAAAGAGGCUCAGUCGAUGGACUUGCUGAAUAUGUACCGUUUCUGGAUUUUUAUCAACCCUUUCGCGUCCUUUCCCGAGCAGAUGUGGUCCUCUUUUAGUAUAAUUCCUGACAAAGCUAAUGUGGUAUCUGUGUAUCCUGAAGACAAUCUAGACUUUUCCAAACAUAGCAGUAUCGAUAAAGCUAAGAAGCGAGUUGACUUAGUCUUGAACAACAUGAAUAAGGUUAUAAAGGAUAUGCUACAAACCAAGCAAUUAAACAUCGCAACACCAACAGCCAGACAAACAACGCAGGCUAUGGCAAAAGAAAAGUUUCUGAAUUACAUGGAAAAAAAUAAUAUUUACGAAAACUACGUCAUAGAAAGUGUUGACGCUUUUCGUUCAAGUCCGGAAGAAACUGUAAACAAAAUGGUGAAGAUAGGAGAGUGGAAUCUACUCAGAGGGUUGAGGUUGAACAAUGAAUGUUUAUUUGAGAAAAAAACUCUGAAUCUGGGAGGACAACUUUUAAAAAUUGGAAUAGUCAAUGAUCCUCCUUUGGUCAUUACUAAGAACAAACAAACGAAGACGUCGGUUGUAGAAGCAAAGGGAAUAUCUGUUGACUUGCUUAAUGCAAUAGCUGUGAAGUUGAAUUUCACGUAUACAUUCGUAAUGUCAAACGAUGGGAUUUUUGGUUCUCUUGGUGAGAAUGGUGAGUGGAAAGGACUAAUUGGAAUGGUUCUCAACAAGGAAGUGAACCUCGCAGCUGUUGGCUUCUCCGUGACGCCUCAACGUUCGAAGGUAGUAGACUUCACCAACAGUAUAGACGAAGACCCUUAUGUAAUUUUAGUUAAGCGUCCUUCAAAGGAUAACCACCUGUUGGUGUUAGCACCAUUUACUUGGGAGACUUAUCUGUGUAUUAUCUGUUCCGUCGUGAUCAUCAGUCCUGUACUCCACUUGAUUAACAGAUACAGCAAAUACUACGAAUAUCACCAGCUAGUGAACAAUAAAGGACUUUUCCAGCUUUCCAACUGCUAUUGGUAUUGUUUUGGUUCGCUUAUUUUGCAAGGUGGCGUGCAUUUACCCAAAGCAGCAUCUGGGAGAGUGUUGAUCAGUUUCUGGUGGUUUUUUGUUAUCAUUGUAGUAACAACGUAUAGUGGCAGCCUGGUAGCAUUCCUAACUUUUCCUAAACUUCACAAUCCUGUAAAUAGUCUUCAAGACAUUCUUGAUCAAAAACAAUAUCUGAAAUGGGGAGUGUUUGAAGGAGAAGCAAUUAUCGAGUAUCUCAAGUAUGCUCCUUCUGGAGGACUGAAAGAAUUAAACAAUGGGUUAAAUUUUUUCAAGUACACUGAUGAAGCAGAAGUCCUUCGUCAAGUUAGGGAUGAGAACUUCGUUCUUAUAGGAGCGAAGUCCAGAUUAAUGGCAAUUAUCAAGAGGGAACUUUCUCGCACCAAGAAAUGUGAAUAUAUUCUGGGAAAAGAAAACAUUUUGUAUGAAUCUCUGUCUAUGGCUGUUCCAGAAAAUUGGCCCUACUUGGAUGAAUUUAAUGAGGAGAUCGCGCGUUAUAUGGAAUCUGGCUUGAUAAUGAAGUGGCGAAGUAAUUACUACUCGGAAGAAAAUCAGUGCACCAUGAUAUCGAAGCCACAGGCUGGGGAUACAAGAGUCAUCGGCAUUACUCACCUCACCGCUUGUUUGUACGUCUUAGGCAUCGGGUUCAGCACGAGCCUCUGCUUUCUCAUCAUCGAGCUUAUUUACGUGGCAUAUAUCAAGUCUAUGAAUAAUGCAUAUUGUUCUGGAUGUACGUCACUUCAACGUCUGAUAAUUUUGAAUAACUUGAGACGUAAGAUUUAUCCAUCAAUAAGACCUCAGAGAGACCAGUCUUUGUUCUCCAAACGUUUUGCCUCCCAGGAAGGAAGAAUGUAAUUAUUUCCUAUUGUGUAACGUAUUCACGUUCCAAUUGAUCCAAAUGUCUGUAGCAUUUACACACUGCAUGUUUAUUCCAUGUUUUGUUAUCUAAACAAAAAUCCCAGGAUAAGAUAUUUAUACGUUUUCGUUCCCUCAUGCCUUUCCCUCCGAGUUUCGUCUUCUCAUCCCCCCCAUAGGCUGUUCGCAAUUUUUUUCUGGGUAAACUAUAUUUUAUACGUUUGUUACUAGUGAAAAAUAGUAAGCUACAAAUACAUGAGCAUGUGUGCUUUAAAUUGUGAAAAAUUUAACUACACUUGUCAAAAACAAAGUUAUAAUAAUCUAUUGUAGACCUUAAUGACCCCAUUAUUCGUGAUUGUUCUAACGUUUAGAAUGCCAUGUGGGUGAUAUCCUCAUUUAGGUUUUGUUUUGUAAUCAAUAUACUUCUGACAUAUUUCUCGUUUCAGGGAAUAUCAAGAGGUUUUGUGAUACAAUUGCAUAUUCGAAAUAAUUAUAACAAAAAGCAUAAGAAAAAACGACCGUCUAUCAAGCCUGAGAUUACUCUACACGCAAGAUUUUACACUAUAUGAAAAAUAUGGAAGUCAAAAGCAAUGGAAAAAAAUCUUGUUUUCAUUGUCUAUAAUUAUUUGUACAAUUUUAUUUGUAUUCUUUCUUCAGUAUUUUCAAUGCUUAGACAAGAAUCUUAUUCGCGACACUUUUUAGACUCUGCACACUGUCUUAGGUGAACCUCCAUAAGAAUAACUCAAGAGACCGUGUGGUACUUGUGAAUGGUUCCAGAAAUGUACCGUUGAACUUAUUUCUGAUGUUCAAAUAUUUCAUUCAAGAUUAUGUUUAUUAGAUAGAAAAGGCAACGAUAAACCAAUCUACCCGCUCGUGAAUUUGAAAAGAAAAUUAUAGUAUUUUUUUGUACAAAGAAGAAAACGUCGCAGGACUUGAUAUUCAUACAAUGGAGUUACAGAACGAAUACAAAAAAAUCCUUUUUCAAAAUUUUUCCGAACAGUUUGCUUUGAAAUGUGGUAGUUUUACACUGAUACACAGUUAUCCAUACUAUCUCUGUCAGGCAUCGAUUGACAUUUGUGAACUUUUGAAUAUAUUUCUGCCCAGAAUCAAAUCAGUUACGGUUUUUUGUCUAGUUCUAGGUUUCCUGCCUCCAGUGUUGAAUGGCAUACAGCAAUAUUGCACGAAUCAUUGUUUCACAGCCUUGUGUUUCUACUUUCUGUAUUUACAUAAUUCCAUUGAAACUUAGCUAAGAUACCUUGAAGUUUUGUGGUUUUGAAAAUUUUAAAGUUGGUUGUUGGUUAUGGCUUUAUGGCGCAAAG